AUGGCUUACCACACUCGCUCUAACAGCUUCCCUUCCAGGUCACACCCUCUCAUUCAAGAAGUUGACGAACAAUUGUGCAGAUUGAGGUCUUCCGAAGCCAGCUCCACAUCAUCAUCAUCAUCAUCAAUAAGCUACCAACUUCAUGGUCUGCAAGACUUGCAUGAUUGUGUUGAUAGGUUGCUUCAAUUGCCACUCAACCAACAAGCCUUGGCGCAAGAGAAACAUGGAAAUUGGGCUAAUGAACUAUUAGAUCGCUCUCUCAGGCUCUUGGAUAUUUGCAGCACUGCCAAAGAUGCCUUGUUGCUAACCAAGGAAUGCAUUCAGAACCUUCAAUCAAUCAUCCGAAGAAGAGGAGGAGAAGAAUCUGAUUUACUCGCCAGUGAAGUUAGGAAAUACUUCAGCUCCAGGAAGAUGGUGAAAAAGUCACUCCAUAAGGCUAUGGGGAAUCUGAAGGGAAUUGAAAACAAAUACAAUUUCUCUUCCCUCAGCAAGGACCAAGAGACAAUCGCCAUCAUUAACAAGCUGAGAGACGUUGAAGCAGUCACACAAACAGUGUUUGAAGCAAUAUUGUCUUUUAUCACUGGCCCAAAGGUAUCAAGCAGCUGGUCAUUUAUAUCCAAGAAGUUGCAGUCAAAAAGAGUAGCUUGUGAGGAAGAACAAGUAAACGAAUUUGCAGAGGUUGAUGCUGCAUUGAAGUCACACAAGAGUUUAGACAAUGCACAAAACCAGCUCAACAAUCUGGAGACUUGCAUUCAAGACCAAGAAGAAGGACUCGAGUGUCUAUUUAGGCAAUUGAUAAAAACAAGAGUCUCCCUACUCAACAUCCUCAACCACUAG